AUGCCAUUGACUUAACUGGCGAGACAUCGGUGGUUAGGGGGUCAGAUGCCUCAACAUAACAACCCACCCUCCAUUUAACAUAUUGAAAGCAAUAUUUCGGGGAGAGAUGGUCCUCAUUGUGUUUUAUUUGGCUCUUAUCAAAUGGGGCAUUAGCAUUUAGGUGCAGGCCUUAUUCUUAUAUGCUCACAGAUCAUAACAGGAACUUGUUGUCUAUAGCUCGAUAGGUAUGGAAACAGCAGCAACUAUCCUAGGUCUCCAACUGCCUUUAUUUUGUGCUAGUCCAGCCAUAGCUCCCACAUGCUUCACAAAAACAAAUCAAUAUUAUCGAAGGAAGAACUCACCGCUGUGGCUUAGGCCCAAGAUCAAGAUAAUAUGUUGCAAUAUUAAGAACAUCAGCUCAGGAUCCAAGUCACCGAAUCCUAAGACAGAUGAUAUAGCUGACAAGAAACCUAGUCUUCAAGAAUCAUCAGAUGGGAUGAAAAUCUUAGAGACUCUUCGAGUGGUUUUUUCUGAAGAUGACAAGUCGCAGUCUCUGAAAUCUGUGGACUUGGAAAAAAUUGGGGCUCUCAACCAAACCAUACAAGCUCUCUACCAACCAAAUUCCUUUGCUUGGUAUUCAUUGCCUCUGCAAGUUCUAAGACUAGGGUAUCGAGGUCCCGACCCGAAAAUCGUUGCUCUAGUCAUGAUCGCAAUGGUAGCAACUUUUACAACAGUAAUGUUCAAAAUAAGAAAUGGAAAGAAAAAUCAAGAGAAAGCCGAAGAGAACGUAAAGUUCCAAAGGAGUCUCUCAAUGGCUACACUGCGAGGAGGAAAACCUGCUUUGCAAUGUUUCAUCAUCGCCCAACAAGCACUUGUGGAGCCAGAUAUCCUUACCAAUGCCAAAUAUCAAUUCGGAAAGUUGUUAGAGGAUGACCUCCCAAACUUUGAGCAGUUGCAGAGGGAAGCGUUGAGAUUGGAAAUGAUUGGGGAAGAAGAGGACGGAUCACGCAUGCUAAAAGCAGCAUGGGAAAGGUUACACAAAGAGCGCAAAGAUGAGGAGGCCUACCAAUUGGAAAUGCUCUUAGUUGAGUUACUUAUUUACCAAGGAAGAUACAAAGAAGCAUUAGCCCACGACUGCCUUAACGGCGAGAUGAUAUCAGAUCCCCGCCGUCCACUGUACAAGGCUGCCAUCCACAGUAUUCUUGGAGAUCAGGAGCUUGCCAAGAAUUCCUGGGAAGAGUUCAAACGGAUGCAAGAUAAGGAAAUGGAAUUCCAACAAUUUACUGAAAUUGUGGAAUCUCUAAAAAAAGAGAUUGCACAUGCUAAGGGAAGGGAUUUUUAGUGAGGAAAACUAACCAAACUAUCUCACAUUGAAGAAGCCCGGGGAGCCAAAAAAUAGUAUCUUAUACCACCAAAUCAGUUGGGAAACAAAGACAUGAUUAAAGAGCACUACCAAGGAAGGAAACUCUUGAAACUGAUUUCAAGGUGCAAUUUAAGAAUGAAAUCCAUCUAUAUCUAUGUCCUUGUCUUUAUUAUAAAGUGUUCUAGGCAUAUUUCUUGUAUUUAAAAGAAAUCCUCAGUCCAUAAGUUUAUAUGUUUGUAUUCGAAACUUCUUGUGUCCUAUCUUUAAGACUCAAACUUCUAUCAAGCUAGAUAAUCUCAAACAAUUGUCGUCCAAA